CCAAGUAGAAAUCCAGUCAAGUCUCUUCCCAGAAACCGCCAUGCAAAACCCAACGGAAGUCUCUCAAGAGCUUCCGCUCACCACCAACCCCAAGCCGCCCAAAAGGCUAAACCUCGUCCCACUCAUCUUCCUCAUUUAUUUUGAAGUUGCCGGUGGACCCUUUGGGGAAGAGCCGGCUGUCCAGGCUGCAGGACCCCUUUUAGCUCUUAUUGGAUUCCUGGUGUUCCCCUUCAUCUGGAGUAUCCCGGAAGCUUUAAUCACGGCGGAGCUCUCCACCGCUUUUACGGGGAAUGGAGGGUUUGUUUUGUGGGUUGAACGAGCAUUUGGCCCCUUCUUGGGGUCCAUGAUGGGUUCAUUGAAAUUCCUCAGUGGUGUCAUCAAUAUUGCGUCUUUCCCGGUUCUGUGCAUAGAUUAUCUGAAAAAGAUCAUCCCUGCUCUGGGAUCAGGUUGGCCUCGAAAUAUCUCUAUUUUGAUUUCGACAUUGCUGUUAUCCUUUCUCAACUUUACUGGAUUAACCAUAGUUGGAUGGGCUGCUGUUCUGCUCGGUAUUGCCUCCCUUUCACCAUUUAUAUUAAUGUCUGCUAUUGCAAUCCCCAAGAUCCAUCCACAUAGAUGGCUCAGUUUGGGGCAGAAAGGGGUUAAGAAAGAUUGGAAUCUGUAUUUCAAUACUCUUUUCUGGAAUUUGAACUUUUUUGACAAUGUUAGUACUUUAGCUGGGGAAGUAGAUAGACCCCAUAAAACAUUUCCCCUGGGCCUACUUGUGGCUGUGAUUUUCACCUGUAUAGCUUACCUGAUUCCCCUCUUUGCUGUCACUGGUAGUGUCACUGUUGACCAAAGUGAAUGGGCUCAAGGGUUCCAUGCUACUGCUGCAGAGAUGAUUGCUGGAAAAUGGCUUAAAAUCUGGAUUGAAGUUGGUGCUGUGUUAUCAUCAGUUGGUUUAUUUGAAGCUCAAUUGAGCAGCACUGCCUUUCAACUUGAUGGUAUGGCAGAUUUAGGCCUUUUGCCUAACUUCUUUGGUCUCAGAUCUAAAUGGUUCAAUACUCCUUGGGUGGGGAUAUUGACCUCAACUUUGAUCUCACUCAGUGUCUCCUACAUGACUUUUACAGACAUCAUAUCCUCAUCAAAUCUCUUGUAUACUCUAGGUAUGUUCUUAGAAUUUGCAUCAUUUUUAUGGCUUCGGCGAAAACUGCCAGAAAUGAAAAGGCCUUACAGGGUUCCUCUGAGGCUACCAGCGUUAGUGGUAAUGUGCUUUAUACCAUCUGCUUUCUUGGUGGUUAUCAUGGUCUUUGCUACCAAGAUGGUGUAUUUGGUCGCUGGAUUGAUGACUCUGGGUGCUAUUGGAUGGUACUUUUUGAUGAAGUUCUGCAGGCAGAAGAAAAUGUUCAAGUUCAGUAGUGCCGAAGCUGAAAGAAAGAUGUGAUCAAUAAAAACUUCACCGCACUGAAAGUCAAAAUCCCAGUAAAUUGUGACGGUGGAAAUAUUGGAACAUAGGCUUUGUGCUUGUGUACGACUAAAUUGCAAAAAGUAACGUGUUAUGACUUCUGUCUUCUGAGAUAGGGAAAUGUAGGAAAAUUGUUAAUUUAAACUAUUUGCUUUCACAGAGCAACUUGGAUCAGUUAUCUCCUUCACAAAUUGGCUGUUUACUUCCUCCAGAUUUUUUUGCUCAGAUUCUGACUUUAAUUGGGCAAUGAAGUAAAAUGAUUCCC